AGGAAGUGUCGGCAGUGACUCCUCGGUGUUGCUUUGUGCAGCAGGGCUGCAGCAUGUAGCGGAGCGCAGUGUGUACACAGCCCGAUGACCUGCACGGCUCCCUGCUGAGGAGGAGGCGGCGGCCUGCGCCCAGAGCUGAAUUACAGAAACAGAAGCUGCUGCGGCGAGAUCCAGCGAGGGCUGUCUUCUCAUGUGCUCCAGAAAGCAAAUGAAUAAGCAAUGUGACGGACUUAAUUGAGGGUGCCACCUGCGGAUACUUGAUGCUCUCAUAUCGGAGGUUCAAGAAAAUGACCCCUUAACAUCCAGAUAGGCUGGAGCAUUAAUAUCCCCUGAAUCCACAUUGUACAGUUUUUGACCUGUUCUUCAGCAAGUUGCGGUUUAUAUCCCUGGUUUUCAUGGAGGUAGCAGACUGAACAGAAAUGUGGUCCUGUCUUGAUGAGGUUAUUUUUGUUUCAGUGAUGUGAGACAAGAAAGUUUAGACAGAAAAGAACAAACUUUUUUGAAUGAUUAUCUAAAUCGUCUUCAUGCACAAGAAAAAUACAGAUUUUCAAGAGAAUGCCCAGGAGAGGGGUGUAUCUCCAAGGCAGAACCCGAUGGUUAUUUGUAGGACUUGCCUUGGUUUUCAGCUUAAUGCUUCUCACAUAUCUAUUAGAAUGUGCCCCUACUCCUGAGGGAAAUGGCUCUCUUCCUGGGAUUGCUGGAGAGAUCUAUAGCAAGGAGUACUACCAAGCUCUUCUUCAGGAACAGGAGGAGCACUACAAAAGUCGAGCAACAAGCCUAAAAAGACAGAUUGCCCAACUCAAGCAGGAACUUCAGGAAAUGAGUGAAAAGCUGAGAUUGGCACAUGAGAAAAAACAAUCUGCUGGUAAUGGUGCUGGGCACCAAGGUACCAAAGAGCAACCCCCUAAUGACCUCCUUGAGUUUUUACAUUCACAGAUUGAUAAGGCAGAAGUCGUUGUGGGUGCUAAACUUCCCAGUGAAUAUGCAGUUGUGCCUUUUGAAAGUUUUAAUUCCAUGAAGGUUUACCAGCUUGAGAUGGGGCUAACACGCCACCCAGAGGAAAAGCCCAUCAGAAAGGACAGGAGAGAUGAAUUGGUUGAAGUUAUAGAGGCUGGCCUGGAAGUCAUAAAUAAUCCUGAGGACGAUGAAGAACAAGAGAACAGAGGAUCGGAAAAAGUUUUAUUCAGUGAAUCUGACUUUGUGGAAGGUUAUUAUCGAACUGAAAGGGAUAAAGGAUCUCAUUAUGAGCUGUUCUACAAAAAACCCGAAUCUAGGAGCUACCAUCACAUCACUUUAUUCCGACCCUUUGGCCCACUCAUGAAAGUCAAAGUGGAAACGCAGGACAUCUCCAGGACCAUUGUGAACAUCAUUGUCCCAUUGUCUGGCAGAACAGAAGCCUUUGCACAGUUCAUAGAGAACUACAAAGAUGUCUGCAUUCAACAAGAUAAAAGGACUUACCUGACUGUGGUCUACUUUGGUGAAAAAGGACUGUCAGAGGUGCGAGAUAUUCUUAAGAAUAUAGAAAGUGAAACAAAGUUCCAUAAUUAUACCCUGAUCCCACUGAAGGAGGAGUUCAGCAGAGGACGUGGAUUAGAAGUCGGAGCUCGAGCCUGGGAUAAGGGUGAUGUUCUGCUUUUCUUCUGUGAUGUUGACAUAUACUUCACACCUGGCUUUCUGGACACGUGCCGCCUAAAUGCAGAGGCUGGUAAGAAGGUGUUCUACCCUGUUGUGUUUAGCCUUUACAAUCCUGCCAUUGUGUACGCCAAUCUAGAGGUACCACCUCCUGUGGAGCAGCAACUGGUUCAUAAGAAAGACUCUGGAUUUUGGAGGGAUUUUGGGUUUGGAAUGACUUGUCAGUACAAAUCCGAUUUUCUGACAAUUGGUGGGUUUGACUUGGAGGUCAGAGGAUGGGGAGGAGAGGAUGUUCACCUUUACAGGAAGUACCUGCAUGGGGAUCUGGUUGUAAUCCGAACUCCAGUACCUGGCCUGUUCCAUUUGUGGCAUGAGAAGCAUUGCGUGGAUGAAUUGACCCCGGAACAAUAUCGUAUGUGCAUUCAGUCCAAGGCUAUGAAUGAGGCAUCCCACCCUCACCUUGGCAUGCUGGUUUUCCGGGAGGAAAUUGAGGCCCAUUUGCACAAGCAGGCCUUCAGGACAAAUAAUGAAUCGGAGGCUUGAGCCAUUCUAUUUUACAUGGAUGACAACAAUUGAGCUUAAAUUGCAGGCUGCUAUAAAAAAAAAUUGGACCAUAUGUUUAUGGAGGUGGGACAUGUGCAGGGCUUAACCAGUUUAAAUCAAUUUAGGCAUGGCAGUGCCAUCUGAGAGUAAGACUACUCAUUACUAUACUAGUGAGACCGUUUUGGAAAAAUAAAUAAAAAUCAGAGCAGGGAUUAUCUUUAGCAAUACAGUUCCCACCUACGAUGUCUUUCUGUCUGCCCUGUACUAUCGUUAAUAUUUAACACUGUCAAAAUGAAUAUGAAGACGUAUCAUCUUUAUCAGCAAUGGACAAUAAGCAAACCUUAAAUCAGAGCAGAAAAAGGUACUUUGAGGCCUGGCAGCAUACAGCUCCCGCUUGCCUUAAUACUUCAGAGAGUGCGGUACAAUGAAAUAUUAGCAAGGACUGUAUAUACAGUAUGUGUGCAUGUAUGUCUAACGUGUGCCCUGCACAACUAUUUAUUUAGAUUAUUUUGCUGUAACAUGCUGCAUAUACCCUUAGCACAAGGUACCCAGGAUACUGUGUGCUGCAACUGCACCCUUGUGCACAUUGGUAAGUCACACAAACAAGCACAGUAAAGGCCUAAGGCUACGUCUACACUACGACAAUUUUUACAAUGGCAGUCGAUAGUGUCGCACUGCAACCUGCUGCGUCCGCGACGCAACAGUCGCUGAAAAUCCAUUCGAGAUGGAUUUUUCUGCGACUGUUGGGUCGCAGUCGUUGCCUGUUGCAGAGCGACACCAUAGACUGCCAUUGUAAAAAUUGUCGCGAGACAUUGGUGCAACAAAAUGUUGCGCUACAAAUGUUGCAGUGUAGUUGUGCCCUAUCUGUCAUGCGACUUUUUGUCACGCGACAAAUGUCGUUGUGUAGACCUAGCCAUAAUGCCAUUGAUGACUGCUGCGUCCAUGACUCAUAUCCUAUAAAUAUAAUAAUGGCCAUGCAAUCAAGUGAAGAAGUUUGUCAGAAACCAAUAAGUUUCGAGUUUGUUUUUGGUGCAAGCUUGAAAAUGAAUGCAGAGUAAGGUGGUAGAAUAUUCCCUAUUAUUAUUUUACAGUAUAAUGUACACAACAUUCCGUUAGUUUGUAGCUGUUUCACUUAUGCCGUUAAGGCCUCUUACCCCUAUGACAGCAGCCCUGGAGAAAAAAAAAAUGACAAUUUAUUAUAAGAAAGUUGGAUAGACUGUAUAUAGGAAGGUUUUAUUAGGUUAUGUUCCUUAGUUUUUUUUUAAAGGACUGGGGAUGGAGGGAGUUGACCUGCUUCCUGUCCGGAGGAGGAGGCGUCUAUCCAGGGGUGCUGUCAUAGGCUCAAAUAAAACCGAUUACCGGCAAGUGUAAUCUAAAUUUUCACACAAUCAUAUUUUCAGUCUGUGUCCAAUCCGCUUUUUUGCGGAACGCUCACAGAUCCAUUAAUUUCUAUGGGACCGCAAAAAAUUUGGACAGCAUAUGGAUCUCACCCAUAUGCUAUCCGCAUCUGUGUGGCGGUGUGUCUGUCACGCAAAAAAAAUAAAUAUAGAACAUGUCCUAUUCUUGUUUUGCUGGCAAGAAUAGGCAUUUAUACAAUAAGGAGAAAUGUUCAGAACGGUAAAGUGCAGGGCGCCCAUGGCCGGUAUCCGUAGUUUGCAGUUGUGCGGUUUCUGGACCACAAGACACAAAGUUGUGUGCAUGAGGCCUUCAAAUCUUUAUCCAAGUAAAGCUAGAUUCAAGAUGCUGAUGGGCACCAGAGAGCAUUGAAAGCGGCUCUAUCACCAGGAUAAACCUUAUUCAACCAGAAAUCCUGCUGGUAGGGCUCAUCAUGUGGAUUAAAAUUAUACCUUUCUUUUGUCUGAAUGCUAAGCAACUGCAGAGAAAGGUGUUUUUAUUUAUAUGCAAAUGAGAGGUUUGAGCACCAGGAGGCGGGGUAAAUCCUUUGAGCACUGCUCUGCACACUCCCCCUCCACUUGAUUGACAGGACUAGACAUCAGCAUGCUGAGGGCAGAGCUGUGUCCUAACAUCUACAGAUCAUAUACCCUAUGUUCACAUUACUGCUUUAUAUGAUUAUAAAGACACCAGCUAAUAUUUGAUUAGAUUUUUAAGCUUAAAAACAGUAUUAUUCUAAAUAUGAUGAGGAUAUAGACUUUUAUUAUAGGUUAAAUGUGGAAGAAAAAGAUAUCUGAAGAAAAAUUACUGGAAGUCGUUCCCAGGAUUCACACUUGGGAUCUCUACAUGCAAAACCAAACGCUUAUCACAAAGCUAUAGGAUUACCACAUAGAGAUGCAUUUUUUUUCUAAUCUUAUAAGCUGACACAUGAUGUUAUCUUCAUAAUCAUAUAUUCUGCUUGUGAAUAAAGCAGUAAUAUGUAUAUCAGCUUUCUGAGCAGAUCUCAGUGUGGUGAAGCUAUAGUACAUAGAGUAUAUGAUAUGUAGCUGCUAGGACACAGCUCUGUCCUCAGCAUGUCUAGCCCCAUCAGUGAAGGGGAGGGGGGAGUGUGCAAAGCAGUGCUCACAGGAUUCGGUCCCCCCUCCUGGUGCUCAAACGUCUCCUUUGUAUAUGACUAAAAAACGCAUAUUUCUCUGCAGCUGUUUAUCAUACAGACAAAAGAAAAGUAUUAUUUUAAGCCGCAUGAUGAGCCCUAGCAGUCAGUAUUUAAUAAGGUUGAUCCUAGUGACAGAGCAGCUUGAAUUGUGAGUGCACUCAUGACAGCAAAACAAUAAAACUAGUACAAAAACAGCGGAGCAAAGUAUUUGCAGAGCUGUAAACUUUUGGAUUUUUUCUUUUUUUUUUCUUUUUAAAAUUUUAAAUCAAACUGUGAAAUGUUCAAAGAGAAAUUACAUUUUUAAAACAAAAUCCUUUUGGUGUUCUGCUAUAACUCUGCACUACAUUCAUCAGUAUCCAGGGGAGAAAAAGUAAAAAAAAGUGCCAACUAUGACGGGUGACUAUUUUGAACAUGGGGGUGUAGUCACUAUUCCACUAUAUGAGGAUGAGGGGGGCAGGCACACAUGCUGGAUAGAUGUCCCAGCCAGUCAGAGUAGUUUAACUGAUAGUGCUAGAUAAUAAAUGGACAAAGGGUGGCCAAUCCUGGCUACUCUGACUGAUCCUAUAUUGUAUAACAUUGUAUUUUUUGUUGUUUAGCCUUUUUUAUUUUCAAAACUACCUGCCCUGUUGUAGUGAGCAUUGCAGGGCACAGAAUGAAAGCAUGCUUAUAGCGAGUUUCCUAUAGGCUAUGUUCACACAGCUAUAGCUGAGCUGAAUUGGUUUUCUGCAUUUAUAUUGCAUCAUACGUUUGCAAGGUUUACCUGAAGUAUCAGAGAAAUCAUUCUGAGAAGUCAGCUCUGCUACAUCUGUAUGUUCUGUGUAGUUUUGAUAAAACAUCAGUGUUAUACCAACUUCUCAGGUUCACUUAUGCAAAAUAAGACAUGGGAGUGAUUUGCUAGCAAAUUACUGUAAAGAAGCGGUACACUUUACAUAAGAGGAGGUCCAUCUGCACCUUGGAUUACUAUAGAUGGAUCUUUUACAAUCAUCUACUACACAUAGACUGGCACAGUUAUCAAGGGAGAAUCUGGUAUCUAUGUUCUAGUAUUAAGUUAAAGGUAAGAAAUGAGGACUGGACUGAAGUAUUGUUUUGUACUUUAUAUUGUAUUUUUAAUUGUCUUGGACUAACUGUUCUCAACACCCUUUCUGGAAUUCAGUAACCACAGGACAGAUUCACGUUUACCAAAGAGCUUGUGCUUUUUAGUAGAUGGUUGUAGAAUCUCUUCAGACAAGACUAGACUUUUCUGUGUCGCCACAAGUACAUGAAAUAAAAUUAUUUUUUGCUAUU